UUUUUUUCUUUCUUUUCCUUCUUCUUCUUUUUCUCUCUCUCUCUUUUCAAUCUAUAUAUAAAUAAAUAUUACUUAUCAUGUCCUUUGACGAAAUUAAGAUCGGUAAAGGUGAAGAUUUAGUCACCUUAACUCGUUGGGUCUUAUCUCAACAACAGGAAGUACCUGAAGCUUCUGGUGAUUUGACUAUUCUUUUGACUGCUAUUCAAUUCGGAUGCAAGUUUGUGGCUUCAAAAGUCAAACAAGCUGGUUUGAUCAACUUAUUGGGAUUGACAGGAACUGCGAAUGUACAAGGUGAAGAUGUCAAGAAACUUGAUGUAUUAGCCAACGAUAUCUUUCGUAAUUCUUUAAUUGCUUCUGGAAAAGCUCGUCUUCUUGUAUCUGAAGAAGAUGAAAAUGCAAUGAUUAUCAAGAAUCCUCAUGAACGUGGAAAAUAUGUCGUCACCUUUGAUCCUUUGGAUGGUUCCUCAAAUAUUGAUUGUGGGGUAUCCAUUGGUACUAUUUUUGGUAUUUUCAAAGUGAAAGAUGAAGAAAACCCUGAUAUGUCAGAUUGUAUUCGAAGUGGACGUGAAUUGAUUGCUGCUGGUUAUUGUAUGUAUGGUUCUUACUGUGAAAUGAUUUUGUCUGUCGGUAAUGGUGUUAACGGUUUUACUUUGGAUCCUGCUAUUGGUGAAUUUAUCAUGACCCACCCAAACAUUGUUUUACCUAGUCGAGGAAAGAUUUACUCUGUCAAUGAAGGAAAUUACAAAUACUUUGAUGAACCUUGCAAGAAGUAUGUAGAUCAUGUCAAACAAAAAUACAGUGCUCGUUAUGUUGGCUCCAUGGUAUCCGAUAUUCACCGAACUUUACUUUAUGGUGGUAUUUUUGGUUAUCCUGCUGAUUCCAAAUCAAAGAAAGGAAAACUUCGUAUUCUAUAUGAAGUAUUCCCUAUGGCAUUUUUGAUUGAACAAGCUGGUGGCAAGGCAACAACUGGAACACAAAGCGCUUUGGAUCUCAUCCCAGAACAUAUUCACGAUCGAUCUGGUAUUUGGUUGGGUUCAAAGGAAGAUGUGGAAGAAUUGGAAUCAUAUUACAAGAAUCAAUAGAGUAGAAACAAAAUAGUUUUACUUGUAGAGUAUGCAAAUAUUUUAUUGUCCAUUCAAAUAAAUAAACUGAUUUUUUCUAUUCCCCCCCCCAAAAAAAAA